UUUCCCCAGGCUGCCCGCGCCGACGUCCGUCACGUCGCCUUCUCCUCCGAGCUCCCGGCUCUCACCCACCUAACCGCGCGCCGGAGGGUCCCCGACCCCCGCCAGCAAAGAUUUAUAUAUAUACAUAGGACUAGGAGGCGCUCACCAGAAACGCUUAGGACUCGAAACCACUCCACCAUUUGUUUUCAGCAAAAGCUCCGCACCGAACAAUUCUCCAAGCACUCCGGCUGUGCUUGCUUGCUUGCGAUCGCUGUGCUCCAGCCGGCUGUGGUGGGGGAUGAGCCGCGGGUGCAGGCUGCGGUGGCUGUGGCGGGCGCCGGCGCGGGCGCUGGGGCGGGCGCGGGACCUGUACGUGCGGGGGCUGACGGGGUGCGCGCGCUACGCCCCCUCCGACGCCGCGUACGGGUACCCCGUGUUCGCGCCGGCGGCGUCGCUGUCGAGGAGCCACAGCGCCGUGGGGUCCGACUGGGGCGCCGGGUCCGCGGCCGACGAGGACCUCCGGGAGCUGGUGCGCGCCGCGUCGGAGCGGCGCGCGGAGCAGCGCCAGGCGGAGCUGCGGGCCGUGGCGCGGAGCCAGAGCAUGGCCGCCGCGCUCACCAUGUCGCGGAUCGACGAGGACGCGCCCUGCGACUUCGGCGACGGCGCCGCCGCGCUGGGCGCGAGGAGCCAGAGCUGCGCCGGCGGGGACGCCGGGAGGAGGGCCCGCGGGCACCGGAAGGUGCCGGGCCUGGUCUGACGAUCCGGCCGUCCGUGCCCAGUGCGCCCGAUCGUGUCACGCACAUGUCUUUAGUGCCAAGUGUGAUCAUGUCAAUACUGAAAAAACUGGGAUUAUUUUUCGCAGCCUGUCGAGUGCGCAAAGCAUCUCGCAUCGUUUCAGCGUUGGAUUGCUCCGGCGGUUCAUGCACUAGCGGCAUUCUCACCUCAUCAAUUUUGGGCUUUUUGGCAUCACUUGCCACGCUCGGGUUUAUGCAAGGAAUAGCUAGCGCGUCAUCAUUCGCGCGUCGAGGUUGGCCAAGGACCGCGCUCAGGCGUGGAGUUUGGUCGACCGGUGUGCUCGGUUGGUAGGUCGUCCUCUUCCUCCCGCCGAGGAUGCCACCAGCCCGGGCUCAGGCCCCGUGGCGUCGCACUCCAGUGUACGGAAACACUUUUGGAGUAUGAAAGCAAGCAACAACAAAAACUAGAAACAUUGGGGGUGCGGCGUUGCCGCGCCAGUUUGGGUUGCCAAUUGGAUAACCUGUCAUCGUGUGUAUGUAUUGUACAAUUUAUCUUUCAAGUUCAAUGGUUGUCGUGGACCAUAGGUUCCCUUGUGGUAGAAGUUGUAAUAAUGCGUGGUAUAUAUUGUACCAUUUAAUUAUGUUCUAUGAAACUUUGUUUGAUACAU